UUUUCAAUGCCGUAUCGGCGGCUCUCCCUGCCAGCCAGUCAGCUUCCUGCAGCAAAGAAGCCACCUCUGCUGACUGUGGGGUGGCGGGGGGUGACAUUAAUGGUUGCCUCUUCCUCUUGGUGUGAUAAAACAAGGAUUCCUUUGAGCCCACCCUGUCCAGCUGCACGACCACAUUCACCAGCACAAACACUACCUCCCUGUGUAAUCACUCGCCACCCUGAGAAAUGACAGCGGGAGUUGGUCAAAAAAGAGAAGAAGAGGAAGAAAAGGAAGAAAUCAGGAUGAUAGACAUGCUCUGGGGGACCCUGGAGACCUGCAGGGCGACAAAUCCAGAGAGGAGACACGUGUCGGGAUUCAACAAUGUUAUCAGACACUUGAUGAUUUACUGCCAGAUUCUGGUGCCAAGAUCAGACCAAGAAGUGACGCUGAGGUGCGGCUUGUUGUGUUGACAGAUGUCUCCUCCUGGCUGAUGUCGCUCAUAUGAUUGCUCAUCACUAUCUCUCUCGAACUCUCCUCCUCCUUCCUCUGUUGGUACUGCAUUUGUGUUCACUAUUCUCUCUCUCUUCCUCCUCUCCCCUCCCCCUUGCACACACACAAACACACACACACACACACACACACACGUACACACAGAAACUGAUGUGAGUUCCCCUAUCUAUCAGAGCCAGUUCCUCCAUUUAAGAUGCUGACUUGUUUAUGUUGAAGGGGACAAGUGAAUGACUUUUGGCGGCUCUUACACUGCACUUCGAGGGCUCGUGUGAGGCGGGGGUUUUUUGUCUUCUGUUUUGUUGCAGGAAAUGGGGGCCUGAAGUCUGUUUAGCUGCUGAUUUGCGGUUGAUAGAGAAGGGAGAUUAACUGAGACACGUCUGAUAAGGCGUGGAGUGUUUUUUUAAGUGGAUGACUGGCAGGUGAGCAGCCCUCAGCCCCAGCAGCUCUCCGUCCUGGGCACAUAAACAAGACAGAGGACACAGAGGAGGAGGAGGAGGAGGAGGAGGAGCGGGGUCAACCAUGGAGCUGUAGGGACACGCUCAGAUGCCCGAGCAGAUCGCCAGUGGAGGAGGAGUGCUGCUCAGGAGAACAACUCUGCAAUGAACAAGACCAAAAGGAAGCCCAACGUGGAGAGUCCUGGUGUGCUGAAGAGCAAGAAGCUGGUCCAGCGGAGGAGGAAUACAUGUCCCAGUCCUCAGGACAUCAGCCGGGCCCUGCAGAGCCCCAGCGCUGCUCCCAGUGCCAGCGCCGCCAGCCUGGAUGAGCUCAUCCAGCGCUGCCUCAACUGCUUUGAUUCAGAGGGGAAGCUUUCGAGCCCCAGAGGGUCCCAGUUGGUCCACAUGACCCUGAUGAUGCACAGCUGGGUCGUACCAUCUCAGAUGUUCGCCCAGAAAGUUCUCGCUCUUUAUAAGGACUGUCCUUCGGAUAAAAGAGGACUCAGGCGGACUCAGAUCUGCCACCUUGUCAGGCGGUGGAUCAGCCAGUUCCCGGCGGUAUUUGAGGUGGACCCCCUUCUGGAGCAGACCAUGGGGGACCUGUGGGCUCUGGUCCGGUUGGACGGAGAGGAGACACACUCGCAGCUCAUCGACUCCUCCUGCUUAAGCCCUCAUGUGAACGUAUCCCAGGCUCCAUCGCCCUCCGUGAAGAAGAGGAAGGUGUCCUUGAUCUUCGACCACAUGGAACCGGACGAAAUGGCCGAGCAUCUCAGCUACCUGGAGUUCAAGAACUUCUGUAACGUUUCAUUCCUGGACUACCGCAGCUACGUGGUUCGAGGUUCGGUGAGGGACAAUCCCCCUCUGGAGCGGUCGGUCAUGAUGUGUAACGGCGUCUCCCAGUGGGUCCAGCUGAUGAUCCUCAGCAGACACACGGCUCAGCAGAGAGCUCAGGUCUUCACCAAGUUCAUUCACGUCGCUCAGAAACUUCGAGCUCUGCAAAACUUUAACACUCUAAUGGCAGUAACUGGGGGCCUCUGUCACAGUUCAAUCUCCCGCCUCAAAGACACUUCCAACCUGCUGCCUCCUGACAUCACUAAGGCCCUGAGUGAAAUGACUGAGCUGCUCUCGUCGCGCAGCAACUACAGCAACUACCGGCGGGUUUACAACGAGUGCAGCGGCUUCAAGGUGCCCAUCCUUGGUGUCCACCUGAAGGACCUGAUCUCGCUGAACGAGGCGCUGCCGGACUACAUCGACGAGGAGAAGAUCAACCUGAGCAAGCUGCAGCACCUGUACAGCAACAUCAACGACCUGCUGGCCAUCCACAGCUGCACGCCGCCGUUCGAGGCCAACAAAGACCUGCUGCAUCUGCUCACGCUCUCUCUAGAUUUAUACUACACCGAGGAUGAGAUAUAUGAACUUUCAUACACCAAGGAGCCCAAAAACCCCAAGAUCCAGCCUGUAGCUGCAGUUAAACCGCCGGUCGUGGCAGAGUGGGGUUCAGGGGUCACCCCCAGGCUCGACCCUGACACCAUAUCCAAUCACGUCAAACAGAUGGUGGAUUCCGUCAUGAAAAAUUACGACCAGAACCAGGACGGCUACAUUUCACUGGAGGACUUUGAAAAAAUAGCGGCCAACUUCCCCUUUUCCUUCUGCACUCAAGAAACUGACAGGGUGGGACAAAUCAGCCGUGAGGAAAUCACCUCUUACUUAAUGAGGGGAAUGUCUGUAUGUGCCAAGCUGGGCUACAACUUCAAAGACGCACACAACUUCCAUGAAACUGCGUACAAACGGCCAACGUUCUGUGACACAUGCGGGGGCUUUCUGUGGGGAGUCAUCAAAGGGGGCUUCCACUGCAAAGACUGUGGGAUGAACUGCCACAGACACUGCAGAGACCUGGUGGGAUCGGAGUGCGUAAAGAAACACAAAAACACCACUGGGUCCUGCCCGUGCACACCCGCCCCCGACUCCAGAACCAAGGGCAACAGCUGUAGUUCUGAGGAGGAGACGUUCAUUUUCCCCCAAAGCAACGAGACAGAACACAACAAAAACAACAUGAGCGACUCGGUGCUGUCAGACCGAUCGACUCAGACGGAUCCUGGCGUUUGGACACCCGAGAAGAAGGACAAACGAGGAAACCACCUCAACUCCCUCCUACAUGCAUCUCCAGAGAGAAAGGUCAACACUCUGCCACAUAGAGCCCGCGGUUCGUCCAUGCCCGUUUCCUUCUUGCAGGAGAAGAUGGAGGAGCUUCAUAUGUACAAAGACAAAAGCCGAGAGCCGGACUGAGCUCUCACAUUUCACCCAUGUGGACUAAACUUGCAGACAUCACCACGUUUGGGACAAAUCCGCGUCUGACUGGUGUUGAACUGACGAGAUUUUGUGGCUGUUCAGAAUACCAGCAGUAAAUGGACUCCUUUCGUGUUUCAAGUACGGUUGUGACCUGUUUUUAACUUUAUGUCAGUCUUAUUAGUGUGGCUGUUAGGGCUUCGAACAUCGAUUUUUCCGACUGUAAUUUAUGAACACCUCGUUUUGUUUUGUUUUAGAACACGUGCCUUGGUUCUCUGGUGCUAAGAUUCUACACAGCCUCAGUCCAUGUGAAGUCAUCUAGAACAACCUGUCAUCCACAUACAUAUUAUAAAUGCAGGGUGGGAAAUUAACACUAACCUCAACAAAAUUCUGGUUGAUUUUACGUUUGGCAGCUAUAUGACAACUCUGUUUAAGAUCUCAUAGAAACUGAAUUGCUAUUUGUUUAGCUUUGGAUUGGGUUAUAUAUGAUGAAAUACAUAAUAUACAUGCAUAUUUCCUUGACAAACAAUAGCUAUUGCUGCACCAUUAAGCCCCUUUCAGACAUGUAGAGUCAAAAGUGCAGGUUGGACUUUCAUUUUGGGUUAUCAUCACACAUGUACAGAAUUUGCAGUGCUUAGGAAUUCAUAAGUAAACAAGGAAAGCACUCAGAGAGCGCAGUACUCCGCCGAGGCUGCUCAGUCAUUGUAGGAUUUCUAGCUGAUAAGUCCCGAUAAGUCCACAGCGGUAGAUUUGUAGUAGGAUCGUAAUCAUGUGAUCAUCAGCAGGCAGCUGAAGUAGUGUUCACGCUGUGCCGCUAUCUCGCAAUGAUACAGAAAUCUUUAACAAAACCUUGUAACUAGACUAUAAACCACAUCACUGCCAAAAUCGAAUCAGCUGAUCCUUGGGUUACUUCUGAGCUUCCCUGAAAAUUUCAUCCAAAUCUGCUGUUCCGUUUUUGAGUGAUGUUGUUCACAGACAAACAGAUGGACAAGCGUACGAUCGUCAUAACUCCACUGCGUUCCUUGGCGGAAUAAUUAUUUUGACAGUUUGUUAUACAUCGUUUGAGUUACCGUCCGCUGUGGCUCUGUCCAUCCCUGUUGAAGGUACGCGUCAAUGAAGCAGUGAUCAAUGUUAAUGGAAAAAUUAUCCGUUCUAAUGAUAGAAUGCCCUAAUUUGAAAUAUUCCACGUCUGAAAGGGGCUUUACUGAGCUGUCUAUUCCUUUUGUAUCUCUGGUUUUGUAAUACGGUAGAUUACUUUGCGCAGCAGUGAGGCUCUGUCUCAGAGACAAUACUGGAUCGAUUGGAAUUUUGUGGUUAUAUACACUAUAUUGCCAAAAGUAUUCACUCACCUGCCUUGACUCGCAUAUGAGCGUAAGUGACAUCCCAUUCCUAAUCCAUAGGGUUCAAUAUGACGUCGGUCCACCCUUUGCAGCUAUAACAGCUUCAACUCUUCUGGGAAGGCUGUCCACAAGGUUUAGGAGUGUGUUUGUGGGGAUUUUUGACCUUUCUUCCAGAAGCUCAUUUGUGAGGUCUCACAAUGAUGUUGGACCAGAAGGCCUGGCUCUCAGUCUGCGCUCUAAUUCAUCCCAAAGGUGUUCUAUCAGGUUGAGGUCAGGACUCUGUGCAGGCCAGUCAAGUUCAUCCACACCAGACUCUGUCAUCCAUGUCUUUAUGGACCUUGCUUUGUACACUGGUGCACAGUCAUGUUGGAAGAGGAAGGGGCCAGCUCCAAACUGUUCCCACAAAGUUGGGAGCAUGGAAUUGCCCAAAAUGUCUUGGUAUGCUGAAGCAUUCAGAGUUCCUUUCACUGGAACUAAGGGGCCAAGUCCAGCUCCUUAAAACAACCCCACACCAUAAUCCCCCCUCCACCAAACUUUACACUUGGCACAAUGCAGUCCGACAAGUAUGGUUCUCCUGGCAACCGCCAAACCCAGACUGGUCCAUCAGAUUGCCAGAUGGAGAAGCACGAUUGGUCACUCCAGAGAAGGUGUCUCCACUGCUCUUGAGUCCAGUGGUGGCGUGCUUUACACCACUGCAUCCCACGCUUUGCAUUGCACUUGGUGAUGUAUGGCUUGGAUGCAGCUGCUCGGCCAUGGAAAACCAUUUCAUGAAGCUCGCUGCUGACACUGUUCUUGAGCUAAUCUGAAGGCUGCAUGAAGUUUGAAGGUCUGUAGCGAUUGACUCUGCAGAAGGUUGGCCACCUCUUGGCACUAUGCGCCUCAGCAUCCGCUGACCCUGCUCCGUCAGUUUACGUGGCCGACCACUUGGUGGCUGAGUUGCUGUCGUUCCCACACACUUCCACUUUCUUAUAAUACAGCUGACAGUUCCACGCUGGAAUUCUCUGAGCUCCUGAGAGCGACCCAUUCUUUCACUAAUGUUUGUAACACCUGAUUCUGAUCAUUUGGAAGGGUGAGUGAAUACUUUUGGCAAUAUAAUGUAUAUGAGGAAGGAUAUUUUCAUCUGGUUAGUUCCUCCUGAAAUGUAAAUCAAAAUUUAUGCUGCUACAAAAUUCGGAAAACAUACAGGCAGGUGAGAGAUUAAAGGAAAAACCUGAACCCUUGACCCCCCUCCAGUUAGGGGAUUUGGUGGUUCUGAGAAGCUGUUGGUAUCAAUGAAUCUUCGCGGGAAGAAUCACUUUCAAAUCAGGAUCUAUCAUUCGGAGUGAUCACCUUGGGAUGGUCUCUUCCAGGGUGACUGUACCACAUCUGUAGGGCAAGAGGGGUCACCAAAUGGUUUGAAGAAUAUAAGACUAUUUAAAUUACCACAUUUUGGACCUCUACAACCAUCAAAACACCAAUGGAGUGAAUAUCUUUUGGAAAUAUGUUCAUCUGUCCCUCCAGAAGAGUCCCAGAAACAUGGAGAAUCAAUACCAAGAUAUAAUGAAGCUGUUUUAACAGCCCAACACCUUGUCAAAAUUUUUUUAGAGGUUUAUCCUUUCAUUUCUCACCUAUUUGUAUAUUAUUAUUACCCAGCCCUUACUCGUUUUAAGAGUAACAAAAGGAAGCUUGUCAAAUCCAGUCCAUCAGGCAAAAUGUUUUUUUCCUGCCCUGACAACAUGUUUGACUUUCAAAUUUGUCCAAAAGGUUAUUCAAGGUUCAACAGGACUGCACUGGAACAAUACUUACAUUCCAGAUUUUGGCAUUUUAUUUCAAGCUAAAUGCUUUAUUUCUUGUGUUCUUUGUCCAUGAUUUCAGUUUUGUUGAAGAGCAAGAAAAAUACACCAACAAAGAUAAGUGGUAAAGCA